GCUCCACAUGGUGACGUGGAACGUGGCCACAGUGGAUCCCCCGGAUGAUUUAACCUCUCUCCUCCAUCUGAACGACACAGAAGGCCCGGACCUCUACGUUAUUGGUCUGCAGGAGGUGUUCUCAGGGCCGUUGAGGUUUGUGUCGGACACGAUAUUCGACGACCCCUGGAGUCAAGUGUUCAUGUCCACUUUGGCUCCACUAAAUUACGUUAAGGUUUCCUCUGUCAGGUUACAGGGGCUUCUUCUGCUUUUCUUCUGCAAACUGGAGCAUCUCCCCUUCAUCAGAGACAUCCAGGCCACUUACACCCGCACAGGCAUCUAUGGCUACUGGGGUAAUAAAGGUGGAGUUUCUGUCCGUCUUUCUUUCUACGGUCACAUGCUCUGCUUCCUAAACUGCCACCUGGCCGCUCACAUGAACUACGCCUCAGAGAGGGUGGAUGAGUUCGAGUACAUCAUGGACAAACUGGUCUUCGACUGUGAAAAAUCUCCAAAAAUUGCGGACCACAAGCUGGUGUUCUGGUUUGGAGAUCUGAACUUCAGGAUUCAGGAUCACGGCAUGCACUUUGUCCGCUCCUGCAUCGAACAGCAGAACUACAGCCUGCUGUGGAGCAAAGACCAGCUGACGAUGAUGAAGAAGAAGGAGCAGCUGCUGCAGGAGUUUGAUGAAGGGCCUCUGGACUUUCAGCCCACCUACAAGUUUGACCUAAACUCCGACAAUUAUGACAGCAGGCUCUACAGGAACUGGUUUGGCUUUAACGGUAAGAAGCGUAAACCGGCCUGGACCGACAGGAUUCUGUGGAGGCUGCGACCCGCUGAGGAGGAAGAGGGAAACUCUGCUCUGGAGGAGGAAGAGGAGGAAGAGGAGGAGAAGGAGGAAGAGGAGGAGUUCCCGCUGAAGAUCAGGCAGGAUUUGUACACCUGCAACAUGGAGUUCAGCAUCAGCGACCACAAACCAGUCACCGGGGUCUUCACUAUGGAGCUGAAGAAGAGGUUCACUGAUCCUCUGGUGCGUGUGAAGGCAGAAGGAGAGUGGAGUUCAGACCUCGACGCGGUGGUUCUGUACCGAGCGAUGCAGCCGUUCCCCUCCAGCUCCUGGGACUGGAUCGGACUCUUUAAGGUGGGGUUCAGCAGCGUGACGGACUACAUCACCUACACCUGGGUCAAAGACGACGAGAUGAACUCCAGCGAGGAAGCCACUCAGGUGUAUGUGAGUAAAGAGGAGAUCCCUGUGCGGGGGGGCGAUUGUGUGUUGUGUUACUACAGCGGUGCUCUGCAGUGCGUCAUCGGAGUCAGUGAACCAUUCAAGGUCCUUGCUUCGAAGGUUGCCAUCGAGGAAGGUUUUUCUCCGGAGAGAAUCAACGAUCUGGAUCAAAUCGUAGCGGGUGAAGAUUUCCAUCAGUGAUUGUCAGUGUGGUUCGAUCCAGAUCCAGAUCCAGAGAAACACAGCAGGAUGUUUAACCUCACUGUGAUUCCCUUUAGGCAGAAUUAUGGCCUGUUUAUGCUGUUACAUUUGCUCUGACCUCUGACCUCUGACACUGUGACUCAGGGUCAGUUCACUCCUUUUAAAAUGAGACUUUCUCUACAGUCCUUCAACAAGUGGCUUAAUCCCUGAGGAAACAGAAAGUGCUUUGAUUUUGAUUUAAUGUUUGAGGUAAUGAGGAAUGGGAGGAAACAGAAAGUGAGGUAUGUUGUUGGAUUUGUUUAGAUUAUGUAUGUUUUAACACAUGUAAAUGCUGUGUAAACGCUGUGUGUUUAUUAUGAAUAUGUAAUUAGAUUGGAAAGGUGAAAGCACUCGACUGCUGCUGUAAUGAGAGGAAAAAGGGAGCUGCAAAGUUAGCAAAACACAUUGAUUUUUUUGUCAUUUUGCAGCAAAAUCAGCGAUUAAAUGUCAAUUGUUUUACUUAGAAAAUAUUAAUUUGUAUCCUCGAAGCCAUUCCUGGGGAAAAAACAACACAUUUAAAUUAUACCAGACUUUACACUGGAUACACCUUUAUUAAAAGUACAUAUUUAGCUGUAUUUUCCACAUCUUAGAAAUGCUGUUUUCUCACAAACCCGAUGAAUAAAAGUUAAAAUAUUUAAAGAUAUCUACAUAAUCAAACAUUUACACAUGUAUACAAAGUCAUACAUUAAGAGGCAUCAAUACAAAAUGAAAAUAUAACGGCACAAGAGUCAAUAUAUACAAAAAGAACAGUCACUUAUAAACAGAUGACGAUGAAUAUAUUCACAGUCUUUGUUCAGGAGAUAAUCAGAGCUUUGAACUGACAUUUAAGAGGAAAUGUGAAAAAGGAGAAGCUCCAACUAAAGAUGAACAUUAGGUUUCAAAGUCUGUGGGAACAUUUAUAUUUCAGAACUUUAGUUUUAGCAGAAAUACAACUUUUAUUACUUCCAGCGCUGUAGACUGCGUGUUAGCAUAGCAUUGAUAGUGGAGAAAAUACAUUUUAAAGAACAAUGAUACCAGUUUUUCUACAUCGUUGCUGCACUGUUCACAUUUCAAAAGUAGUUUGGAUUAACUCAGAAGUAUUAAAUAUUGGAUAAAGAUUAUAAUGAAACCCUUUAAAAUCGUAAUCAUAAUACAAAUACACCUUUUGUCUCUUACCUGUAGUGCCAUUCAAACAUUUUUAAAGUCACAUUUUUAAUAUAUUGGUUGUAGAAACGUCCAAUAAUUAGCACUACAGCUAAGAGGGAAGAUGUAAACCUUAAUUUGUAUUCAUUUGAAUGUAUAGAGGGGGAACUGAGGAGGUGAGAUUGGCUAAAAAACUCUUAAUUUAGAAAUAUUCAGAUAAUUAUUCAAACAGGACUGAUUUUAAUCUGUGCUCUGUAAGUUAUUAUUUUAAAGGUUUGACAUUAUGAUUUUUUUAAUGUACACAAUCCUAGGUGUUUCAGUAAUACGCUGCUGUAGGAAAAUAAGAGAAUAUUUAGCAGUUUUUUAUUUUAUUGUCACAUUUAUUAAUUAAGCUUCAGUUGUUCCUGGAGGACUUAACGUAUAUAUAUAUUUAGCUUAUUAUUCCCAGUUUGCUUACCCACCAGCACCUUGUUAAAAUGUUAAAGUGAUGCCAGAAAACAAUAUUUCUGUUCCUCAAAAACUGUAUAAUUACUCCAGAAAUAUGACCAGUCAAAAAGAGUUGGUCGGCCCUUUUGGAGAGCAAUGUACGGCAACCCAAGAAGGACAUUUCACACAGCAGCGUUUCACAAAGAAGAGAAAAAACACUCAAACAACCAGACGACAUUAAUAAUAACAAACUUUAUUUAUAUAGCAUCUUUCAUGCUUGAAGUGCCCCAAAUUAUAAGCCAAAUUAAAAAGAUUGGUCUUUAAUUUACUUUAAAUGUUUUGAAUCUGAACGAGAGAUGAGUUAUUGUUAUUACAACGUGAUUUCCAGAUUAUUUGAGAACUCCUUUUAGUGGGUUAAUUACAUUCUUACAAUAAGUGAUAAAUGGAUUUAACUUCAGCAAACUGGAGAAAUGAGAAACUGUAAAUGUAGGCAAUCAUUUAUGGAAUUAAUAAUUAAUAUCUUAAAACGUUUUAGUCUGGCCUAAACAUUCUCUGUUGAGAUUCCUGGAAAAAAAAGUUGAUUCAAGAACAAAACUCUGUUAUUAAAUCAGUGUUUUUCAAAUAUAGGAUAAGUAUUGCUAAAUCUGAAAGAGCUUCCCUAGCUUUUGAAUUUCUAUGAUGUCCUAUUUGGGUCGUCUUUCGUAAAAUCAGGUAGUCAUACCCCCCAUAUUGGACAGUUACGUACGGCAACCCACAUAGGACAUUUGACGUCCAGACGGCUGCCUGGAUUGUACUGCGCAAGAAUGUGUUGAUCUGCCAUAAAUGUAUAAACGAUAAGAAAUAACAGAGCAAUUCCAAAGCUGGGAAAUUUUUUAGACUUAAUGAUUGUCAUAUUAAAAUACAGAUUUAAUAACAGUUUCGUUCUUGAAUCAACUUUUUUAUGGAAAAUAUUUUAUGUAAUUUCCCUUUUUUCCAGGAAGCUCAACAGAGAACGUUUUGGCCGGACUAAAAUUGUUCUAAUUUUACAUAAAAUGAAAGACAGUCAUUCACAUUUAAGAAUUAUGUAUACAUUAUUAAUGCCAUAAAUGAUUGAAUUUACUCAACCCACUAAAAGGACUUAUAAUAAUCGGGAAAAUACAUUGCAAUAGAAAUAACUAGGUUGUCGGGAUUUGGGAGUUUUUUUCUCUUCUUGGCGAAACGUUUCUGUGUUAAAUGUCCUACUUGGGUUGCCGUACGUAGCUCUCCAAAAUGCCGGAUAUCGGGAAGUCACAGCACCAUCUUGUAUACGGGCGUCUUGAAUUCAUAUAUCUUAUAAACAAGAUCAGCGCCACAGUAUUCAUACUAUAUUUCCAUUCCUUUUUUAACACACAUAGAGAAUUGUUGCACUGUUUAUUGUUCAUGAUUAUUUAUAGCUUAUUAUUAUAAGUGUGUACGGAGGAAUGUGUGUCAGAAAACGAUGGAUUCAGCAAGUGCCUCGAUCUGUAUUUAUCGUUAAUAUUCCUCACGUUAUUUAUCAGAACAACGCCUCCUAUUCUCAGAUUAUAAAUUUCUAAACCUUCACCCUCACACAGAAAUCCUCUGUUGAAUCUAAUUGUUAUUGAUUAGCUGGAAUCAGAAAUAUUAGCCAGUUUAUAUUAUUGUUUUUGUUUGACUUUGUAUUAAAACGUGACCUUUUAAAAUAUUGUAAAGUACUGUAAGAGAAUAGCAAAGCGUUCCAAAUGCACAUUAAAUACGUCUUUUAACUUCAAUCUUUGUGUGGUUUGUUACUAAUCUGCUCAUUCUGUAUUAAUAACGUGAAAAAUAUGACAACGACAAUAAAACCUUCGAAUCUUGAAUGAAAA